AUGGAUGGUUCCAGGGGAAGCAGAUCUGAAAAAGAACCAGCAAAACACAGCUUUAAAAGUGAGAGCUUAUCUUUGGGAGGGACAGAGGAACAGACCACCAGCCUUGUGGGAUUCGCUGUAUGUGAGAGUCCACACGAGAGGCUAAGAAUAUUGUACACAAAGAUUCUUGAUGUUCUUGAGCAAAUUCCUAAAAAUGCAGCAUAUAGGAAGUACACAGAACAGAUUACAAAUGAGAAGCUGAGUAUGGUUAAAGCAGAACCAGAUGUUAAGAAAUUAGAAGACCAACUUCAGUGUGGCCAACUAGAAGAGGUUAUUCUUCAGAGAGAGAGAUCACAAGUAGGCAGAGAGGCAGGCAGAGAGAGAGGAGGAAGCAGUGCAGUUGAAUUGAAGACUACCGAAAUUGAUAUGCUUUCCAUCUCCACUUGCUAUGAGAAAUGA